UAUGUGCAAAUUUUUUUUGUAGUCUAUUGACAAAUGUUUUGGUUUUAAAAUGUUCUUCCAGUUCUGAAAGUAUGCACCUUAACAUUUUAUAUUUAUCCUUUCAUCCAUUUCCUAUGCUGCUUAUCCUUUUGAGGGUCAUGGGGGAGAUUGGAGCCAACCCCAGCUGACAUUGGGCAAGAGGCAGUGGUGCACCCUGGACAGGUCACCAGUCUAUCACAGGGCUGACAUAUAUAGAGACAAACAGCCAUUCACACUCACACUCUCACCUACGGGAAAUUAAGAGUCAGGGUGAACAUGUAAACUCCACACAGAGAGGCCACAGCCAGAGAGCAGGUUCAAACCCAGAACCUUCUUGCACCCCCAUUUUACAUUUAUAUUAUAUAUAUUUAGCAAUUGUUGCACAUAAGACUUUUAACACACCCUGCAGAGUACAUACUGAAAAUCUCAGUGUGUGAUGAAAAAAUCUUUGAAACAUUACAGCCAUCUGUGGAUCUCCAGACAGUGAGCGAUGACUCCCAUUCAACAGUAAUGAAGUGUUUUACUGGGAUGAGAGUGGUUGGCAAUUUCUCGCAUCUCCUCAACACGUCAGUCAUCGCAUCACUAUGGAAACCAGCGUGUCCUGUUGCUGUUAGAGCUCUGUUGAAUGUGCAGAGGCACAUUGAAAGAUGUGCCACAGACGGUGCUGUCGUGGAGUGGAAUGAGGGGAAUCGGUGAACAGAGGUAACUUGACAGGUAAACCAUGGAUAGUCAGUGUCACUGAUUGAAGUUAAAACUGGUCAUAGUUUAGUUAAGAAAAUGCUCGGAAGACAGCCGACUUGUUCUAGAUGCCCUCUACCCAGAAAAUCAAAGAUCAAAAGUAGGAGCAGGAGCUUUGAGGUGUGCAGACACACCGGCUCAAACUACACAUGUAAUAUGGCAGAAAUGUCAGAGCAAGGCUGUGAAGAGAAAACCAGCGAAGAGGUUAUAACAGUCUCUCCGGCACAACGUCAGAGGCGCUCGGACCAAAAUCAGUCAACACGAAAGCUGACUGCUUUGAAGCAAGUUUUCUCAGCGUCGGUCAACUGCUUCAGAUGCACCACAAAACCUGCUGAGGGAGGCGACCACAACGAAGGUGAAUAUCAUCCAAUUACAAUCUUCAACAGACAUACCAGGGACUCUGUGGACCUUAAUGCUGUAUGUGGUGCUUCAGCAGCAGGAAUAAAUCAAUGCAGCAACGCAGAGCAUAAAUCACCUGUGGAAGAGAGGGAAGCUAUCAAAAGUAAAGCAUUUAAACCCUACAAUCCACUCAUUGUUGUGCAGUCAAAGGCAAAGUCUGCAAGGCCAAAAUAUUCUCUGCAGCCAAAAGGAUUUUGGAGGCAGAAAGCUAAAAAGUCUUUCUUCAAAGAGCGCACUGGGGAAACUAAGGAGUACAUCACAGGGGAGAUAAUUGUCCUAGUUAAUGAACAUGCUGAUGAGACCAUGGCCCCGAGCACCUACCCAGAAAAUGAGGUGAAAUGUUAUCCUGAGACACUGACAGUGACUGUAGAUGUGAGUGAUAUCACAUCAGAGAUCAAGGACAAAAAUGCACAGUCUGAAGCUCCCAAAACACAUUCACACAAUGUAGGUAAUGUUGUGGAUGUGAUGGCAGGACGUGAAGCAAAUGUAAGCAGAGAGAUUCAGAUGAUCCCACAGUCUUUGGAGGACUCCUGCGGCGCUCAGAACAACAUGGAGAGUUUAGACAGUUUACACAAAGGAGAAAACACAAACACCCUUCACGUCACAUCAGAGAGAACCGCGUCAGAGCAUCCAGAAGUAAGGGAUGAGAUCAGACUUUGCGCAACAUUCAACAGUGACUCAUUCUCAAUUCAUCACAACGCUGCUGCAGAAAAUAGCAUAGGCCCAGUGGGAAACAAAAUACCAGGAGGCACUUUGACGGAUGAUGGUUCUGUUAUGGAGAAUUUACACUUAGAUGUGUCUGGUGGUAGUUUUCAUGUGAGGCUGGUUCACUCUGAGCAACAGUGUGAGGAAAGAGAGCUCCUCCUGCUACAAACAGCAUGCUCUGUGGUUCAGGCUGCAGUAAAAACUGCACUGAAACAGUUUAAAGAUGAACUGCAGGACUCAGCUGUCCAUAUGGAUCUCUGCUACUGACAGUGAUGCAGCUUAUUGUGAGGAGAAAGGUAUUAUGUUAUAUUAAACCCUGUGUGUUUAAGUAGUUUCCCUUGAUCUCAUAUACAGGACAUUCCCGUUUGACAGGAUCCCCUUAACCAAUUCAUGCCUAACCCCAACCUUAAGAUAACUAAACUUAACCAGGAUGUCAGAAAUAACAUUUUGCCUUAUUAGGAUCAGGCUUUUGUUGCAAGCUGGUCACACACUCUGCUCUGGGCCUCAUGAAUCCUCCAAAAUCUGACUGUCAUGACAUUUCCUGAGGGCAUUCACACGUCCUAAACAAUGAACUCCUCAUAAUACUUCAUGAGCAUCACCUUUAACUCUAAAUAUUUUCACACAAAUGGGUAGAUAAAGAACAUUCAAGCACCCACUUGUCAUGGCCUUUCUUAUAGCACCACCCUCAGGACAAUAUUUCCUCUCGCUCCUUGUAAGAUACAGCUCUGUAUAUUUCUUGUCUGCACUCAGACAUCAGUUUUGUAUUUUGAUUGAUUAAAUUAACAUGUAGCUCUCAUACAGCCAGCCAGUGUGGUAGUUUCUGAUGACUUUAGAUAUUUAAUAUUCUUUUAUCCAGCUUACAACAUCACUAUAAUAUUGACAAUAAUAAUGUCCCUGUAGCCAUCCAUGUUUCUGUCACUGAGUUUUUCUUAUGUCUACAUACAACACCACACUUUUUGCCAUUGCCCCUUAAUAGAUAAUUUCUUCAUCAUACAGUUUCAGUAGGGAAGUGAUUAAUUUGUAUUGUAGCCUGUCAUCCUGGCUGUUUGUUUUGCUUGAUGUUGCUGUCAUGUCUGAAAUAUUCUUUACAAACCCACAUCAUCAAAUUCCUGAGUGAAACACUGCCCUACAUACAGUAGUUAUCAGCCUACUGUACAUCUUUACUACCUUCAAACUAUACAUUCUUAAGAUCUGUUUAAUGAUGAAUGAACCAUUGCACCAUAAAAAAUCACAGACAUCUGCUUUGGAUAAAUGUUUUAAUAUGGAGUCUGUCACUGACUUUAUAUUAUUAUAUAUCCUGUGAAUAAACAACAAACCAGUUCAGCCUUUUUAUGGAUUAGUUUAUUAGAACUGUACUUAAUUCUCUAUGAUCAUUAUUACAGAAUGGCGAUUCAAGGAUUUCAUUAUUUUUUGGGACCACCACCAUGCUUCUCCCGCAUUUCUUGUCCUCGUCCGUGU